AUGCAAUCAGAAGAAUCGUCAUCGAUUGAUAACGAGCCUAGAAGCUGCGGGGAUAACUCUGUCUGGGCCCAUGUAUCGCCUCUCCUUUCCGCUGCUUGCAAUGAUCUUCACGAGGGCGAGCUCAUUCAUGGAGAUAAUUUCAAUCUUUUUGCUGCUAUGUCUGCUUUGGAGAUAAUGGACCCAAAGAUGGAUUCCGGUAUGGUGUCUACAUUUUAUUCUAUUGAUGAAGCCAUCGAAAGUGGUUUAGCCCCCGUCCCUAUCAGCUCUGAUAGUACCCUUAAUGUUCAAUCCAUCAUUGACAUUAUGGACCAUCUCUUGGCCUGCGAGGCAACGUGGCACAUGGGUCAUUCGUUGGCACAAACUGUGUUUUCAUGCAUCUAUGUUCUGAAACCUGAGAGGACAUCUUCACAUGCUCUCUUGCAUUCUUUUUGUAGGGUCAUCCGAGCCACUUGCAGGGCUCUUGUUUCUGUUGUUUCAGAUUCCCGUACAAACGAAGAAGAGGAUCUUUUUACCAUGACAUAUGGUCUUUCUUUUAAUGGAGAUGAAGAUGCGAACUGCUUGUUACUCUUAAAUGCGGUUGAAGAAACAAUCUGUCGUCAGCUGCGUGCUUGUAAUGCUACAUCAUCAAAGAGGAGAGUGUUGGAAGAAUUGGAACCUCUACAAACUAAUUCUCAAUUGGAAGAGAGCUUUUGCAAUGCCCUGUUAUGCCGGAUACGUUUUCGUAAGCAUUUUCUACACGCUCUUAAUUGUAUGAGAAGACCACAAGGACGAGGCCUAGAAUUGGCAAGGAAACACAUAGCGUAUUGCAUAGCGGAGCUAGAUUCUGUUCUGAGCUCUGUGGAAUUUCUAAGUUUAGAGGCUGUCGAAAAUGGCCAAAUCGAGAUGGAAGAAAGUACAACUGGAUCGGGUCGUCACCCAAUUGGAUUUGAUCCUACUUUAAACAAACGAUUAUCAGCUCCAACUCCACCGCGUGCCGUUAAACUUCUUUCUUGGAAAAAGGCAAUCGAUUAUUAUGUGAAACUUCUUCUCAAUCUGGAUCAGAUCUGUGCAUUCAAAUUGGAACCAGACUUGGAUGCCGUCUUGCAGUUUGUGGUUCAGUUUCAAAAAUCGCGUCCUGAUUUGGUUGCUAGAGCUCAUCUUCAGCUUCUCCUUGUGCAAGAUGGGAAGCUUUACGGCCGUGAUACCUUUUUGACUAUUUGCGCGAGGUCUCUUGCAUUGGACGUCACAAAGAACCAUGGACUUCAUUUGAAUGAGCACAUUCUUCAACUUAAUCAGUUGAUGAUUAAUCUGCUUAAAAUACUAUGUGCUAAUACCCCAUGGCAGAGGCGUAAGCUUGGGAAAAUCUUAAACGACUGGAGCAUAUACAAUGUGCAGAUGGGAAUUACUGUUAGUCAUAUGAUGCAGCAAGUUACAGCACCGCGUACUCCGAAAAAUGGGGAUAAGUCUCUGCUCAUUUUAAAUUAUAUUUAUGGUUGGUUAGAGGAGCAGAUUCAUUGGGUGGCACUUCGAUUUCUUGUACUGGGAUUCGAUCUAGAGCUCUACUCUCCAAGUGAAUAUUGUAUGGUAUACUGGUAUAUGUACAUUAUACUCUGGAAGCUUGCUGAAAAAGCACACUUCAGGGUCUUAAUUAUUGUUCACACUGAGGAACGGAAGGCAAAGAAGAAAGAGGAUUAUUCUAGGGAUAUGGCUCGGGAAGAUAAGAUUAGUCUAUGGGUAUUACUUCUCAAGUGUCAGACUAGCCUUGCACAAGGGCUCGCUGUGAUGAUAGCUGCUUUAAGAAAUGAAGGAAUGUGUUUAAAGAGUCAAGGACCUUUUAAUUCCGAAAAUGAGAAAUUUAUUCAGCAUUUUGGACUUCUCAAGAAGGCUUCGCUUCCCAAAUAUGAUGCAUAUGAAUCAUUCUCUGAAUCCACGUCUCAUGCUCGUCUCGAUUAUCUUCCUGCAUAUGAGUGCUUCCGAGACGCUCAAAAGAUGGCUAAAGACAUAAAGGUGGGUUACGCCAUCGACCCUGAUAAAUUGGCAGAAGUAGUUGGAUUAGAGCAAGUAGCGGAACACAAUAUUUGUGACACCCGAUUCUUCCAAAAAUAAUAUAAUUAAUAAUAAUUACUGAAAACAUCGGAUUUAAUAAUAAUACUUAAAAUUCGAC